GACCUGUAUGCAUGCCAGAGGGCUGCUGUGAUUCAGAUAUUAAGAUCGUCUUUCCAACCAGCUUAAGAAGUGAUUGAGCCACAAGUACACCAGAGGAAGGGCUCCCUCGGGCUGUGAUGUGAGGAGAGAAUCACCAGGGACCCGCUGAAGAUGAGAGUCCUGGUCUUGUGGCUCAUCUCCCUCUUCACAAUCACUGAGGGCAGUGAUGGCUUCUUUGGGAGAAAUGAUGGCAUCAAAACAAAAAGAGAAAUCACAGUGAAUAAGAAAAAGCACCCAGGUCCAGUGCAGGAAUAUGAGCUGUUGCUUCAGGUGCCCUAUAGAGAUUCCAAGGAGAAACGAGACUUGAAGAAAUUGCUGAAGCUUUUGAAGCAUCCAUCAUUAUGGUUCUAUGGGCCAAUGAAGAUCAUCAGAGCGAAGGCAACCACAUACUGUGGCCACCAGAAUGGGGUCCUCCGGUGUGCCUGUGAAGAUGGCUAUACCUGGUUUCCUCCUGCAUGCCUUGAUCCCCAGAAAUGCUACCUUCACACGGCUGGAUCACUCCAGACUUGUGACUGUCAUCUCAAGAACCUCACCAGGAGUGUCAAUUUCUGUGAGAGAACAAAAGUUUGGGGCACUUUCAAAAUUAAUGAAAGAUUUACAAAAGACCUUCUGAAUUCAUCUUCUGCUAUCUACUCCAAAUAUACCACUGAAAUCGAAAUUCAACUUAAAGAAGCAUACAAAAGAAUUCAAGGUUUUGAGUCAGUUCGUGUCACUCAAUUUCGCGAUGCCAUUUUCCCAGUUGGACAGACCCAAACCCUGGAGUCAUCCUUUAACUUUUUAUUGAGAGGUGGCAGCAUCAUUGCUGGGUAUGAAGUUGUUGGCUCCAGCAGUCCAUCUGAGCUGCUGUCAGCCAUUGAACAGGUGGCUGAGAAGGCCAAGGAAGGCCUUCAGAAGCUGUUUCCACUGGAAGAUGACUCCUUCAGAGUAUUUGGAAAAGUUCAGUGUAAUAGCAUUGCCUUUGGAUUUGGGUUUAAGAAUGAUGAGUAUACUCUUCCUUGUAGCAGUGGCUACACCGGGAACAUCACAGCCAAGUGCCAGCCCUCUGGGUGGCAGGUCAUCAGGGAGACAUGUGUGCUUUCUCAGCUGGAAGAACUGAAGAAGAAUUUCAGUGUGAUUGCAAGCAAUGCCACUGAGGCAGCCAUGUCAUCCUUGGUGCGAAAUCUUUCAGUCCUCAUUCAGCAAAACCCAUCAACCACAGCUGGGAAUCUGGCUUCAGUGGUGUCAAUUCUGGGCAACAUCUCAUCUCUGUCACUGGCGAGCCAUUUCAGGGUGUCCAAUUCAACAAUGGAGGAUGUCAUCAGUAUAGCUGACCACAUCCUUAAUUCAACAUCAGUAACCAACUGGACAGUGUUACUGCAGGAAGAAAAGCAUGCCAGCUCCCAGUUACUAGAGACACUGGAAAACAUCAGCGUUCUGGUACCUCCAACAGCUCUGCCUCUGAAUUUUUCUCGGGAAUUCAUUAACUGGAAAGGGAUUCCUGUGUCCAAAAGCCAACAUAAGACAGGUUACAACUAUCAGACUGAAAUGUUCCCUCUAAACACCUCCAUUCCCAUCAGAGGCCGUGUGUUAAUUGGGUCAGACCAAUUCCAGGGGACCCUUCCAGGAACUAUUGUCAGCAUGGCCUCAUUGACCUUGGGGGACAUUCUACCCAUUACCCAAAUUGGAAAUGCUCAGGUCAAUGGGCCCGUGAUAUCCACGGUUAUCCAAAACUAUUCCAUAAAUGAAGUCUUCCUGGUUUUCUCCAAGAUAGAAUCAAACCUGAGUCAGCCUCAUUGUGUGUUCUGGGAUUUUAGUCAUUUGCAAUGGAAUGAGGCAGGCUGCCACCUAGUGAAUGAAACUCCAGACACAGUGAUGUGCCGGUGUACUCACCUGACCUCGUUCUCCAUGCUGAUGUCACCCUUUGUCCCCCCUGCCAUCAUUCCGGUUGUGAAAUGGAUCACCUUUGUGGGGCUGGGCAUCUCCAUUGGAAGUCUCAUCUUAUGUCUGAUCAUCGAGGCUCUGUAUUGGAAGCAGGUCAAGAAAAACCAAACCUCGCACACACGUCAUAUUUGCAUGGUCAACAUAUCCCUCUGCCUCCUGAUUGCUGAUGUUUGGUUUAUUGUUGCUGCCACGGUGGAUGCCACAGUCAACCCUUCUGGGGUCUGCGUAGCUGCUGUGUUCUUUACACACUUUUUCUACCUCUCCUUGUUCUUUUGGAUGCUCCUGCUCGGCUUCCUGCUGGCUUAUCGGAUCGUCCUCGUGUUCCAUCACCUGGCCAUGCCUUUGAUGAUGGCUGUCGGGUUCUGCCUGGGCUAUGGGUGUCCUCUCAUUAUAUCUGUCAUCACCAUUGCGGUCACACAACCUAGCAAUGACUACAAAAGGAAAGAUGUGUGUUGGCUGAACUGGUCCGGUGGAAGCAAACCCCUGUUGGCCCUCGCUGUUCCCGUGCUGACGAUUGUGGCUGUGAACCUGGUGGUGGUGCUCUUAGUUCUCACGAAGCUCUGGAGGCCUGCAGUUGGAGAGAAGCUGAGUCAGGACAACAAAGCCGCUAUCGUCCGCAUGGGGAAGAGCAUCCUCAUUCUGACCCCUCUGCUGGGGCUCACCUGGGGCUCUGGCAUAGGAGUAAUGGUGGACAGCCAGAAUCCGGCGUGGCACGUUAUUUUUGCAUUGCUCAAUGCAUUCCAGGGUUUUUUCAUCUUAUGCUUUGGAAUGCUCUUGGAUAGUAAGCUGCGACAACUGCUGUUCAACACGUUGUCUCCUUUAAGCUCUUUGAAGCAACCAUCAAAGCAAAACUCAUCAGAAUUAUCUGCCAAACCCAAAUUUGCAAAGUCUUUCAACCCAGUGCAACACAAAGGUAACACCCUGGGAGAAGAGAAAUUUAUCACCAAAGAGUACCAGCCCAAGUAGGUUUGGCAAGACCUUAUCUUGCUGGGUAGGAAUCACAGAUAAAGCAUUGCCAACAGCGACAUUUAUGCCAACCAGAUGGGAGGCAACACCCCUUUGGAAUUCUGACCUGAUGCUUGAAACCAGAGCCAAGGAGCGCCCCAGUGUGAUGUGUUGCCAAGGGACACACUGCUUUUGUGGAUAAGGUUUCCUGGUUGUUAGAUCUCAGCCGUGUCCCCCAACAGGGCACAGGCAAGGCAGCCGUGGAUUCCAUGACAACACGAGUCGGGCACUGCCAAGGACAACGCUCUGUGCUGCAAGCUUCGCCUGGCGCUGGCGAUAAUGUGGUUUUGUUUCCCUGAAGUCAGCUGGGUGGGGAAGCCAGCCCCACCUGUCCUCUAUUUCACCUGAUCAUGGAGAAUAUUAUACAGCCCUCUCCUUUCUGUGAAUUAAGCAAUAAAUAAAUAAGUUGCAUUUAUGG